GACUCUUUGCCUUCCCAAACGCUUUCCUUCUGCUUCCGCUUUUCCUGCCACUCAUCCCUUUCGGCAGCCUACGGCGUUCAUCUUCCCAUUCCAUUUUUCCGGCGGCCGAAUCCCGCAGCUAUCUCCGGCUAGGCAGUAGAAGAUGCCGCGUAAGGUCUGCACCCGCAACCCCCACUCCGCAGCUGCUGCUGAGAAGAGCGGCUUCGAUUCCUCGGCACGAAAGCGAGGCCGAGAUGCCAAGGAGGAGCCUGCGUCGACGGAAGAUGAGGAAUGUUUGGAGACUCUGUUCGUUGACUCGGAGGAGGAGGAGGAGGCGAUGCCUCUGGCUAAAAUGAUGAGGGUGGGGGAGAAGGGGAAGACCUCCGGGAAGAAGCAGAAUAGGAAGCCUGCGUCUUCUGGUAUCUACUUCACGGGAGAGCCGAUUUUGGAGGAGGAGGCGUAUCGGAGGUGGCCUCACAGGUACCCUGCCAAGAGAUCGGGAGGGAAGGAUCGGAAACUGAAGCAGGAAAGUGAGGGGGGCGAGCCCGUUAUCUACGCGAGGCGUCAUUUUUCUCAAUGUGAGAUUGAUGGAGUUGUUUUCAAUCUAUAUGAUGACGCUUUCGUAAAGGGAGAUGAUAACGGGCCCGAUUUCAUUGGCAGAAUUGUUGAAUUCUUCGAGGGACCGGAUGGGGAAAGAUAUUUUAAUGCCCAAUGGUUUUAUAGAUCCGAGGAUACUGUAAUAAAGGAUCACGCGAACCUUAUUGAUAAGAAGAGAAUUUUCUUAUCCGAAAUCAAAGAUGAUAAUUUGCUGGAAUGCAUCGUCUCCAAAGUCAAGAUUGUGCAAGUAUGCCCAAAUGUUGAUUUACUUGCAAAAGAGAGGAAAAUUCCUGCUUGUGACUUUUAUUAUGAUAUGUCUUAUUCUCCGGUGUAUUCUACGUUCUCUAAAAUUCUACCUGAAAGUUCGGAUUCGAGCAGCGGCUCAUCUUCAACUUUAUCUUCUGAAACCAAGUCAGAUUCUGAAGAACCGUCGGUCGAUUCUAAGAUGGAGAAACCUGUGCUGUCUUUAUUAGACUUGUAUGCUGGCUGCGGUGGAAUGUCCACUGGACUUUGUCUGGGAGGUAGACUGUCUGGUGUGAACCUCGUUACGAGAUGGGCCCUGGAUAUCAAUGAAUAUGCUUGCCAGAGUCUUCAACUUAAUCAUCCUGAGACACAGGUAAGAAACGAAUCUGCAGAGGAUUUCUUGGCAUUGAUUAAAGAAUGGGAGAAGCUUUGCAAGCGAUAUCAUUUAUUGGGUACUAUAAAGACCCAGUCUGAAAACUUGGUCGUGGACGACAAUGAUGAUCCUGAAGAUGAAGAUGAAAAACUUGCAAGUGGUGAGUAUGAGGUCGCAAAGAUUGUAGGUGUCUGCUAUGGUGAUCCUAGUGAAUGUGGAAAACGUGGACUCAAGUUUAAGGUACGCUGGAAAGGUUAUGGACCGAGUGAUGAUACCUGGGAACCGAUUGAAGGGCUAAGCAAGUGCCAAGAACGGAUAAAAGAGUUUGUGACGAAAGGCUAUAAGAUGAAUAUUUUGCCUCUACCUGGUGAUGUUGAUGUAAUUUGUGGAGGACCACCUUGUCAAGGAAUUAGUGGGUUCAAUCGGUUUAGAAAUGCACAAGCACCAUUGGAUGAUCCCAAAAAUCAUCAAAUGGUUGUCUUCAUGGAUAUUGUUGACUACUUGAAGCCAAAAUACGUUUUAAUGGAGAAUGUCGUGGAUAUUUUAAAGUUUGCUCGUGGUUUUCUUGGAAGAUAUGCAUUGGCGCGGUUGAUUCAUAUGAAUUAUCAAGCAAGACUUGGCAUGAUGGCUGCAGGAUGCUAUGGACUUCCUCAAUUUCGUAUGCGUGUUUUCUUGUGGGGGGCUCAUCCAAACGAGAAACUGCCUCCAUAUCCUCUGCCAACUCAUGAUGUGGUCGUUAGGGGUGGCGUUCCUAAUGAAUUUGAGCAAAAUGUUGUGGCGUACGAUGAAAAUCAACCCCGGAAAUUAGAGCGAGCACUGCUUCUUGGAGACGCCAUUUCUGACUUGCCUGCGGUCUCUAACGAUGAAAUGCGUGAUGAAAUGCCAUACGGAAAAACAGCAAAAACAGAAUUCCAGAGAUACAUCAGGACAAGCCGGCAGGACAUGACCGGAGCGACAGCAACUGGCAAGAAUAUGCCAACAAAAGGAAUGUUGUUUGACCAUCAGCCUCUUAAACUGAACAUGGAUGAUUAUCUACGAGUUAAGGAAAUUCCCAAGAAAAAGGGAGCAAACUUCAGAGACCUUCCUGGUGUAAUGGUUGGUGCAGAUAACAUUGUUCAGUGGGACCCUAGUGUUGAAAGAGUUCUCUUGCCAUCUGGGAAACCGCUGGUGCCAGAUUAUGCCAUGUCCUUUGUAAAAGGACGAUCGACGAAACCAUUUGGUCGACUAUGGUGGGAUGAAACAGUUCCGACAGUCGUGACAAGAGCAGAACCACAUAACCAGGUCAUCUUGCAUCCUGAGCAAGACAGAGUAUUGACGAUAAGGGAAAAUGCACGACUGCAAGGAUUUCCCGAUUACUACAAGCUUUGUGGGCCAAUCAAGGAAAGGUAUAUCCAAGUGGGAAAUGCUGUUGCUGUGCCGGUUGCUAGAGCGUUAGGAUAUGCUUUGGGAAUGUCUUAUCAAAAGAUUACUAGCAACCAACCUGUUAUGGUUCUCCCUCCCAAGUUCCCUCAAUCCUUGCAUAAAGUACCUUCUGCAACAAUUGAAAUUGAGCAGUUAGAGAAAAGUUGUUGAUCGUGACAAGCUGGUGCCGCGAUUCUGCAGAUGGUGCGUAAUCUCUAAUUUAACCUGUAUAAUUGAUCUUAUAAAAGUAGUAUAUCUUGUUUUUUCUUUUUUCUCUUCUAAAUAUCUAUUUUCUUGCUGAGGUUGAACAAUUUCAUGUCUUCGAUCAUGAAGCGAGAAUAUCAUAUCCAUGUAUUGGUGAAGUUGAAAAAGCACCAAUGUCGAAAGACAUACCUUAGCUGGAAUGCAGAAUUUGUUCCUAAUGAUCACUUCUUAACCUCUUCAAUGAAGUAGCUGGCUUCGCAACUUGUUCUCAUCUGUCAUAUUAUUUUUGAAUUCUAGAAUAAUUUUCACCGGAAGUUUUUUGUACAGUUGCACUUAUUAGAACGAAAAAUUGCUUCGUGAGUUGCGCGCCGUUGUGAAUUGCUUGUUGUUGCUUAAAUAAAUGUACGUUUCAUUUUUGUGCA